AUGCGUCUCAUUUUCACGGCUUCAUUUCUGCUGGCGUUGGCCAAGGCUUGGACCCCCGAGUCCCAAGAAAAUGACACCACCGGUGCCAAGGCCAAGCGCUGGUUGUCUGGAGCCAGCAAGAUCAGGGGUGUCAAUCUCGGCUCUCAGUUUAUCAUCGAGCCUUGGAUGGCCAACGACGAAUGGAACAGCAUGGGAUGUGCCAAUACCAAUGAUGAAUGGGCUUGUGUCAAGAAGUUGGGCCAAGAUGCUGCUGAUGCUGCGUUCAAGAAGCACUGGGACACUUGGAUAACUCAGGCUGAAAUUAAAGAGAUUGCCAGCCUGGGUCUCAACACCGUUCGCAUUCCCGUCGGCUUCUGGAUCAAAGAGGAUCUUGUCAAGCAGGGCGAAUACUAUCCCCGUGGUGGUCUUGCCUAUCUGGACAGACUUGUCGGGUGGUGCAGAGAAGCUGGUCUGUAUGUUAUCAUGGACUUGCACGGUGGUCCCGGAUCCCAAUACCCUAACCAGCAGUUCACCGGUCAUGGUGUUGAUUAUCCCGGGUUCUACACAGCCGAGAACUACGAGCGCGCGAUAAAAUUCCUCGAGUGGAUGGCGGACCGCAUUCACACUACUCCGAAUUAUUGGAACGUCGGUAUGCUCCAGGUCAUGAACGAGCCCGUCCACGCCUCGGGUUACUCUGCUGAGGCUGCGGAUAUGAUUGCCAAUUAUUACCCCAAAGCAUUGGAGCGCAUCCGCGCCGCUGAACGCCGACUCAACACUGCCGAUGCCAACCUUCUCCACGUUCAGUUCAUGGGCGAAGCCUGGGGAUCCGGUAACCCCACUGCGAAUAUCCAGGAUAAAAAGUUCCUGUCUUUCGACGACCACCGCUACUACAAAUGGGACCCCUCUGUCACAACAACAAAGGAUGGCUACAUCAAUGCAGUGUGCAAGGACAACCGUGGCUCGGAUAUCAUCAUCGGAGAAUGGUCUAUUGCUGUCGCUGACGCUGUUGAGAGCAACAACGAGUUCGGUAUUCGGGGGCGAUCUGAUCAGGCAGACUGGUAUCGAAAGUAUUGGGCAGCCCAGGUGAAGACCUUUGAGAAGUCUGGGGGCUGGGUUUACUGGUCCUGGAAGUGCAAUUGGAUUGGAGGCUUCGAUGAAUGGCGCUGGUGUUAUAAAUCUGCCGUCAACGCGGGUGUCAUUCCCAAGGACGUGACCAAGGCAGCGCUGCUUAGCCCCUGUUAA